AUGUUCCAAGUUUUUCUUUUCUUUUUGUUCACCGCUGGAAACAGUGAAUUGCUUUGUAAAUCAUCAGAUCUAGAAAUAUCGUAUACCUUUUGUGAUACUAUACUUCAGACCUUCGUGUUUAAUAUAACACCUUGCACCAUGAUAAAUAAACCAAUCUGGAAUGUUGUGCUUACCUGGAUUCCACGAAGUGACGUCAACUUUUUGAAGGUUGUCUUUAAAGUCUGGUUUGAUGGUGCCAGAGCAUUAGACUGGAAAGAAGUUCUUUGUAGAGGAGCUGAUGAUGAAUAUGCUGCCUGUGGAGCGUUGAAAGGAGAAACAUUUGCAACAACAUUUGAUAUUAAAGGUGCAAGAACGAUGUUUCCACAGGGAACAUAUACUGUUAUUUUGCAAGGAUUCUCUGAUGAUUCUGAGAAGAAUAUGCUCAUAUGCCUAAAUUUCACCAUGAUAGUAAAACAAGAAGCUCUCUGAAUGUGACAAACGUUACAAAUAAUUCCUGAACGCAGAGAUCCCGUCUGCGAGCAAUCGGAACCUGAUCUAUAAAAUAAUAAGCACACUAAUUAUCUGGGGAUAGAAUACAGCAUGUACUGUAUGGAAGCCUGCAUGAUGGAUAGUCUUAUCCAUUUAUAGCACUGCUGUAAUCAGAUGCUCAGCCAAUGUGCACAAAAUCUCUGGGAAUCAGGCCUGCUGAUUAAUCCUGCCAGUGAUUCUGAAUGGAUGUGGGAUUAAUAACUGCAUUUCUCUGCUGUGCCUAGAGUUAUGAAAAAGCUGAGUAUUUCAGACUGCACUGAAUUAUAAUACAAGAAUUUUUGAAGUCAUGAGCUGCAAGAUUUAGGUAUUUUCCAUUACUCAGUUUAAAACAUGACAGCACUUGAAUCUAGAGCCCUUG